AUGACAUUAGCUGAUCGUUUUGCAACUAUCGAAGAACUUUUAGCAAGUAAUGAUAAUGAAUUAAAUAAAUUAGGUAUUACUAAUCAAAUUGAUCGUACUCGUUUAAUGAAACAAGCUCAACUUUUAAAUGAUAAAACAAAUCAAUCAUUAACAUUAAAAAGACGAUCAAUUAUUGGUAAUCGUGUUAUUGAAAAUUGUAUUGAUAAUAAACAAACAACACGUUUAAAUUCAAAUAUUUUAUCAAAAUCAACAUGUAAUUUAUCACCAGCAAUGCUUUCAAGAAUUUCAUUUAAUGAUCGUCCAACUUCAGUUAUUUAUCCAUAUGUUGAAACAAUAAAUGAUAUACGAAAACAUAAUUUUAAUCAUCUUAUAGAAUCCGAAGAAAAAAUUCUUAUUGUUGAUGAUAAUGGAAAAAUUCAAACUAAAUUAGCAUCAUCAACACUUGAAUAUCAAAAUGUAUUGAAAAAAAUUCCAUCGACAUCAAUUCAUGGAAUGCGAACAAUAAAAUCUCUUUCUGAUACAAUAUCAUUACAAAAAAAAGUUCUUGGUACUGAUCGUCUUAAACGAUUAGAUUCUUCAACAUCAUUAUUUCAACGACAAACAUCAUUAAUAAGUAAAAAAAUGACAAAUUUAGCUAAUAAAUUUGUUAAUCCAUUUUCAAUAAUAAAAAAAAAAAUUGAACCAUCAACAGUUGAUAGUCAAAUUGAUUUACGUACAAAUAUGAAACGACAAGUUUCUCUUGUUGAAAAUAAAAAUGAUAUUACAAUAAUACCAAAACGAACUGUAAUGAUUAGUCCACUUAAACGAACACGAGAUGAUGAUAAUGAUGAUGAUGAACCACAAGAACGUCGAAAAGUAGAAGUACUAAGUGUUAAUAAUGAAAUUCGACGACCAACUGGUCUUUUCUCUUAUGAAGAAGAAGAAGAAGAAGAAGAGCCAAAGCGUCAUGUUGUACCUGUUCAAACAUUGAGUAGUAAACGAUUUAAACUUGGCGCUACAACAUCAUUUCUAACUCGUUCACUUGCUAAUCAUGGUCUUAUUGAAUGA